AUGGACAAUAAAACAGUACCACCGUACUUUAAUUUCACAUUAUUUAAAAGUUAUGAACAUGUACGGAUAGUAUAUUUUUUGAUAACAAUAUUGGCAUAUUUUCUCAUCAUACUUUUCAAUGUGACUAUCCUGCUGACUGUAUUCAAAAACAAAUCACUUCAUGAACCCAUCUAUCUUAUAAUGUCUUUCCUGCUAUUGAACUCUCUGUUCGGCAGCUCUGCACUGUUCCCGAGGCUUUCCGCUGACCUUUUGUCAAAUACUCACAGAAUAUCCCGCCCUGCUUGUCUCAUACAAUUAUUUUUUAUUUACAGCUAUGCAAUUUCUGAAUUCACUGUGCUAAGUGUAAUGGCAUAUGAUCGAUAUAUUGCCAUAUGCGAACCUUUGCUUUAUCACAAAAUCAUGACACAAAGAAAAACGUUUUUGCUUAUUUUCUGCGCUUUUUUCUGGGCAUUCUUUUGUAUGACUAUUGCAGUAGUUUUUUCUUCAAGAAGACCUCUGUGUGGUAAUCAAAUACCACGGUUAUACUGCUCAAAUUGGGCAGUGGUAAGGCUUUCCUGUAUGUCCACUGUAGCAAACAAUAUCUAUGGCUAUUUGGUUACUUUGACUACAGUCUUUCUGCCAGCUAGUUUCAUAUUGUUCACGUACAUCAGGAUUCUCAUUGUCUGCAGAAAAAGCACAGCAGAGUUUAGAGGCAAAGCCCUGCAAACAUGUCUACCGCACAUUGUCAGUUUUGUCACCUAUUCAAUAGCAUCAUUUUCCGAUAUUGCUCUCAGUCGGUAUGAACCUGGUCAAAUUGCAGAUGCUCUAGUUUUGAUGAUUUCCCUUGAAUUUAUUGUGAUUCCACCAUUACUAAAUCCUUUGAUCUAUGGCCUGAACUUACCGGACAUCCGAAGGAAAGUUCUAAGCAUGAUGACUUCUGCGAAAGCUACUUUCAUUUCAUAGAGGCGUAU